UAUAGCUAAACAAUUGCUCCGUAUUUACCACUAACCACUAAAUUCUUGAUUCAGAAAUUGGGAAUGCCCUAAGCUCUUCUCUCCGCGCGCGCAAGAACAGAGGGAGAAGCAUGGCUGCUCUUAGAAGGCUACAGAAUGUUCUCACUCAUUCCCCACAACCCUCGUAUCUCUUUCUUUCUCGAAGAGGCAUUGCUUCCAAGCUCUUCGUCGGAGGUAUUUCAUUUUACACCACAGAAAAGGUGUUGUCAGAUGCAUUUUCUCAGUUUGGCCAAGUCAUUGAAGCUAAAAUAGUCACUAAUAGAACCUCAGAAAAAUCAAAGGGUUUUGGGUUUGUCACUUAUGCAUCACAAGAUGAAGCAGAUAGAGCCCUGAGAGAAAUGAAUGGGAAGCCUCUACAUGGGCGUGUUAUCUUUGUUGACCAUGCGAAACCCAAGACUUUUGGUGGUGAUGGCAUGCUAGUAGCCAGAGGACCUCCAGCAAAGAAGAGCAACAAUGAAGCAGGAAAUGGAACAGUUGCUGAAGAAGAAACGUUUCAUACUGUCACUGAAGAAGGAAUUGGAAUUCCAAGAUGAGACUGCUUGUUAUCUUAUACUUUGUAUACACUAUGUUAUGACGCAUGCCUCAUUAUCCUAUAUCAUUGGAAUGUUCUAAAAUUCAGUCUAGGGACCAUAGCGAGAAAUUUUGAGCAUUGCAUUGGAUUGGUGCUUCUGGUCAUCAUAGUCAUCACUCAUCAUGUAUCAGAUUGUUGUGCGAGUGUUUUGCUCUGAAUUUUUUAAAACCUCUGGCUUGCCUGCUCUAUGAAGUUUGAGACCCUCUGCGUAUUGUUUGCUUUGAGAUUAGAAUGGAAGAGCCAUUUUGAAUCUGGGUAGAUAGAUAUAUGAGCCAGUACUGUACUCUUCCACGUCUGUGCUUUUGUAAACCCAUAUUUGAAUCCUUAGGAGAGAGACAAAGGAGCUAGAGAAACAAAGUAGUAGUAGUAGUACUAGUAAAUAAUUAGGGAAAAGGAGCAAAACCACCCCUAGAAUUGUCACUAAAGGGCAUGUAAGUCCGCAAAUG